GCGCCGCCUCGUCGCAUGGGAUCAGCCUGCGACUGCCUGGCACAGCAGGUUGCUCGGUUGGACACGGCGCUGCCCAAGGCUGCACAUUUUCUCAGUGCCCCACCGGAUGCUUACGAAGAGGACACCUCCAAUAAGGUCCAAGACAAGCACCAGAUACAACACCAAGAUAAGGAACUAAUCGACCGUUCGGAGGUCCACGACACGGCUGAAUUCGUCACUCAAUUCCGGCUCGCAGACAAAGAUCGCGUGAUCCCGACAGCUCCGGUACAAGAUAUGGACCACAUGCUAAACGGAGGGUAUCUGAGGGAAAUGUCUCUCCCAAAGCUGACCGAGCCCGCACCGUACUUUGCGGGUACUGCUGUCGUCGACGGUGAAUUCAAGGAAAUCAAGCUCACGGACUACAAAGGAAAAUACCUGGUUUUGUUCUUCUACCCACUAGAUUUCACAUUCGUCUGCCCCACGGAAAUCAUUGCCUUCAGCGACAGUGCCGAAGAGUUCAGAAAAAUCAACUGCGAAAUCGUCGCCUGCUCUGCUGACAGUCACUUCUGCCAUCUGGCAUGGAUUAAUACACCUCGCAAGGAGGGUGGUCUUGGCAGCAUGCACAUUCCUCUCCUGGCCGACAAAUCCUGUGCGGUGUCACGAGCGUAUGGUGUGCUGAAGGAGGACGAAGGAAUCCCAUUCAGGGGCCUGUUUAUCAUUGACGACAAGCAACGUCUGCGACAGAUAACGGUUAACGACCUGCCCGUCGGCCGUUCUGUGGAAGAAACACUUCGCCUCGUCCAGGCAUUCCAAUUCACAGACAAGAAUGGAGAAGUGUGCCCAGCCAACUGGAAGCCUGGAGGAGACACCAUGAGGCCGGAUCCCAAGGGUAGCAAGGCUUACUUCUCAAAGCAGUAGCAGUUUUAUUGGCUGCCAGCAAAUGUUAAACCUGUUAAGUUAAAUCUCAAUUCUGCGUUCCAAGUGUUCAAUAAACUGAGUUGUACUGUCUGA